AUGAGCACAACUCGAACACGGCGCAGAGAGACAAUACUCAAGAUAUCUAAAGACGACUACGAAGCCAAAACCAGAAGAAGAAUACUCAGCCAAUGCUUUGACGAGAAUGAUCGGUUCGAUUUUGUUUACAGUAAUGAGCCAGUGAAGAUUCCAGGCCAAUUCCCGGUAUUCCUCUACCAUUUCGACGAAAAGAAGCAACAGGUACGCUCAAGCCACCAGUGUGUUUUUGUGACUUCCAAACAAGAAUUUGUCUCUGUUGCAAUUUCAGAGAAUGUCUUCUUUCUCGCUGGAACGAGUUGGCGAUACAGUCUAGUGUUUGAGCAAGGAUGGGGAGGAAAGGCCACCGUAACAGAAAUCAAUCCAAGCAACUUUGCCAUGCUCACCUGCAACACAAACGUUCAUGCUAAGGGUCUCGAACGCCUUCGAAGAGGACCUGGAGCUGAUUUCAGCAUUGAAAGCAAGGAAGGAAACGAAGAGGCAAUCAAGGUACACAAAAGCGUGAUGAUGCUAAACUGGCCGUUUUUCGAGAAGAUGUUGAACUCCGGCAUGCAGGAGGCCCAGGAGAACAAGCUGACGCUACCACUACCUCGUAGCACUGUCGAAGUCAUCGUGAGAUACUUGUAUGGCCAGCGGCUGAAGUUGGAGAUUGAAGAUGCAGCUAGACUCAUUCUUUAUGCUGACAUGUACCUGUUGCCGGAAUUAAAGCGAAUCUGCAUCAAUCAUAUCAAAGCGUCUCAUUUGAACAUCCCUCAAGCUAUCCUUGUGGGGGAGAUGGGCUCCAUGGCCCCCGAUGUGCAGAUUUUCGCCAGUGCAGUCGAACAUGCUGAGUCGCUUGCAGCAAAGGGUCACAGCAAUAUGAUAGCUGGUGAUGAGCUAUUGGGUCCCACUGCACUCACAAACAACACUAGCAGCCGACAGGAAGAAUCUCUUGGAGGGGAAAUAUUCAAAAUGACUCCUGCCGAGUACGAAGCGAGCAUCAGAGACCGCACGAUAGGUCAGUGUCAUUAUGGCAGAAGACGGUUCGACUUCAUUAAGACGGAUCGACCGCGGUAUUGGCGGAAUCCCUCCAAAAAAAGAGUCUACAUUUCCCAUUAUGACGAAAGGUUACAGCAGGGGCAUGCAAGUCUUUGUUCAGUAUUUUCUACAACUUUUGAAAACCACAAAUUUGUGGCGAUUUCUGAGAAUGCCUUUUUUAUUUACGACAACAAUUGGGAAUACUCCCUGAGACUAUCACAGGGAUGGAAAGAUUCGUUUAUUAUGACGAUAGACCAGGAUAUUUGGAUCCAACACACCACCUGGACAACACCCUACAUGGAGGGCCUUGAGCGUCUCAGAAACUUGCCUGAGGCUGAUUUUCAGCUUCAAAGCGAGGAUGGAAAGAACAUUAAAGCUCAUAAGACUGUAUUAACAGCUAAUUGGCCCUACUUUCGAAAGAAGUUGAAAUCUGACACAAAGGUAGCCCAGGAGAAUACGCUACUACUACCGCUACCUCAGAGCGCUGUAGAAGUGAUUUUGAGGUACUUGCACGGCCAGGAGCUGCAAAUGUGGUGUUGUAUUGAUGAUGCUGUCAGAUUAAUGUCGUUCAGCCGAAAUAUGCUACCGGAAUUACAUGAUAUCUGCAUCAUUAUUAUCGAAGCGCAUGGGCUGGACAUCCAUCAAGCCAUAUUUGUAUGGCAGAAGAGUACUUUAGCCGGCGAAACAGAAAUGGUUGCCUACGCUGAAGGUGUUAUCAAGAUGCUGGAUACCACCUCAGAUCGCGGAUUGUCUAAGGAUGAGAAGCAGGUUGUUCAGAAAAUCCGAGCAUCCGCAGAGAAAGUCAAGCGGCGACGAACAUGUUCUGUAGUAAGCUAUAAAGAGUAA